AUGACAGAAUGCACUCCAGUGGUUACUCCAAUGGAAGUAAACAUUAAGUUCUCCAUUGAAGAUCCCUCUCCACUUGUUGAUACAAAGAGGUACAAAAGCCUAAUUGGGAGUUUGGUGCACUUGUGCAAUACAAGGCCAGAUAUCAGUUUUGCAGUUGGUAUUCUGAGUAGAUUUGCAAACAAGUCAAGAGAAAUUCACCAGAAGUCUGGAAUGAGGGUCCUCAAGUAUAUAAAAGGGACUCCUCAUUUUGGCAUCUCUUAUACAUUAGGGAACUUCCUAAUUGGAUAUUGUGACUCAAAUUGGGCAGAAGAUAUUGAUUCUAGAAAGUUAGUUCCUGGAUACUGUUUUCUCUUUAUGAAUGGAAUUAUCUCAUGGACAAGUAAGAAGCAGCCAACAAUGUCGCUAUCAUCCACCAAAGCCAAGUACAAGUCAGCUUAUCACACCUCAUGUGAAGCUGUUUGGAUAAGAAGACUUUUUACUGAUAUUGGGAUAAUGAUAAAUGUUGAUGAGGUUGUUGAGAUGGAGUAUUCCCCAACAGAAGAUAAUCAUGGAGAUAUCUUCACCAAAGCAUUAGGUAGUUCCGACUUCCAGAAGCAUCAGGAUGCUCUUGGUAUUGGUUCAAGAGUGUAG